UCUUUAAAUACGUCUGUCUCGUUAGCAAUUUUAUAAAAUUGUUUACAUUAUAUUGGAAAUCAAAAAACAAAUAAUAAAAAUGUCUUUUCCAAAUGUUAUGGAAAAACCAAAUUGGUUAAGUUUACAAAUGUUGGGAUUAAGACUAAAACUGCACAUAGUUAACUGUGAAACACAUCCAGAUCGAAAAGUUUUGGAAUUCUUUGAAGGGCCCAGUGCUUUCAAUGUAGAUUUUGAUAUAGAGGAGCCGCAUAUAAUCUAUGAAUGUUUAGCAAAAUCACGCUACAUGCGCUAUUCAGCAAUAAUAAUUUUGAUCAAUUGUUAUUGUUCUUGUCGCAGCAGAAUUCUAUAUAAAAUUCUCAAGGCCAUUCAGUGCAAUAAACACAUAAACUAUAAAUUGAAAUUGAUUAAGACUACUUAUAGACUGACUCCGGCUUACAAGAACCACACCAAUAUAUGGCAGACUUAUUUCGAAGAACCUGUAAGCAAUUUAACAAAUAAUUAUCAAUUAGAGAAUUGUGUUGGCUACGAACAGCUGAAUAAGCUUAUUGACAGCUAUGUAAUGAAGAGAAGGCAUAUAACAGCAGAUGACAGAGAGCUCGUUAGAGAUCAUUUGAAUUUUAAAUUUAGCCAAUUGGAGAAUAUAUUCUUAUUUCAAGGUUUUUUGAGAACCGACGAUUGCUAUGAACGCGCCCAAACAAUGGAUUAUAUAUUGUACAUACUGGAUUGUUUGCCAUUAAUAUCGGCUCAAGAAUUAUGUGAAUUUCUGCCAGAUACUGACUACCCACUGGCUGUGCAAUCGAAAGGAAAUGCUGAAUUGUAUUUUUACAAUGUGAAUCCAGCCUUGGCUAUUAUAAAUAAUAAUUACACAUUUACAAAUAACCCACCCGGCUGUGAGAUACGAGAGGGUAGUGAAAAUGAUGUGCUUAAAUUGAUACGCGAAUUAAAGAUAGCCCGUAUUCCCUAUAUACUAACUGAAGAUUUUAGUAAAGCUCAGCUUUUAAAUUGGAUUAAAUAUUUGGCAAAUAAGAAUCUAAAAGCGCUUCAGUGUCUAAUUUUUAUUAUGAUGACCCAUGCCACCUCAAAUAACAUCAUCUACACUCACGAUGGGGAAUUAAAUUUUAUUGAAGACAUCUUGCAGCCCAUACAAGCGAACGCUACCUUAAAGGAUGCACAUUUAGCAUUCGUAAACGUCCUGUGUCGUGGCGGUUUAAAUGCUGAAUAUACAGCUCCCGAUGAGUUUGAUCUAAUACAACCCACCCAAAUAGCCCAGUUGCAGCCAAAUACCUCCGUAUUUUACAGUGUUCCCGAUUUAGUGAUAUCGCCAAGACGUCCCCAAAUCGGCACACCAUUUGUGGAGAGUUUCUGUAAAUCUUUUCGCCAACUAAAACGUCGUUCCGAUAUCAAGACUCUAGGCGAAAACAUUUGCAAUGAUUUAAAAAAUGACAACUACUACGCUUAUCUUGAUUGUUUUGACAAAUCUUCGGAAUUGGUGGUGGGCGAUGCCACCAAAUCAUAUUGCAUUAAACCAAUGCCCACUAGCGCAACGGAAAUAAUACCACUAGUGGAAUCGAUAGAGAAAGAAUUUUAUGACCUUAACAAUAUGAAACAACGGGAGAAUGCAUACAUGAGACCUUUGCUUGAGAUGUAUUUGGAGAAUACAAAUAAUGGCGGUCAUGUGACGUCUACACCAUCAUUAUCAUCAGAAACAGCCACCACAUCAUUCUGCAUAUGUGCGAAUGUAAACGAAAAGAAAUUUGCGAAAAUUUUGGAAAAGCUAAAUUACUUUUCAACCGAAUUGGAUGAUGAUGAGGAUGCCCGCUUUAUUAAACAGAGUAAAUUGUUGAGCAAAGAGGUGGCCUUUUUAUGACCAUUAAAUUGCUGCUAACUUUACAACCCUGUCUGCUGUUGCUACAAGCAAAUCAAAAACAUAAUGCACAAACCACAGAUGGAUGUGAGUUUAAACCACAAUCAACAAAACUGAACUAAAAACAAAUGAAAAAUCUAGUUUAAUUAUUAUAAAUUUGUUUUGGAACUUUAUUUCAUUCAUGUGCUAGUGUAUUUAUAGUAAAACCUGUG